AUGUUGAACCUGUUGCGCUGCGUUGGCACCGUUCUGUGUGUGCUGACGACUAUUGCUGAUGCCGUCUCCGUCAAUCCGCUGCCAGCCCCGCAGAACAUUACCUGGGGCAGCUCGGGUCCAAUAACUUUCAACCAAGGCAUUCAACUUAACACACCAGCUAACGACCUCAUCGCACAGGCAUGGCAACGCGCAUAUCAAGCAAUCACCACCCUACAAUGGGUUCCUGCGGCUAUCGAGGCUCCCAUAGCGACAUUUGAGCCCUUCCCAAGUGCUACCGCCUCCUCGUCUCGAAUGCGCCGGAACUCCGGCUGCUCUCAGGUCUACGUCUCGGUCGACGACAACGAAGCCGACCUGCAGUACGAUGUUGAUGAGUCCUACAGCUUGAAUGUAACUUCCUCCACGAUUUCUAUCCAUGCUGCCACUGUCUGGGGCGCCAUGCAUGCGUUCACCACAUUGCAACAACUCGUCAUCUCGGAUGGCAAUGGCGGCCUCAUCAUCGAGCAGCCGGUCAUCAUUGUGGAUGAGCCAAACUAUCCCCACCGAGGCAUCAUGCUGGACACCGGCCGCAAUUUUCUGAGCGUUAAGAAGAUCUUUGAACAGCUGGAUGGCAUGGCCCUAGCCAAGCUUAAUGUCCUGCACUGGCACCUGGUCGACACACAAUCAUGGCCAAUUCAGCUAGAUGUCUACCCACAAAUGACUAGUUGGCACAUCGAUGCCUAUUCUGCACGCGAGCAAUACAGUCAUGCAGACGUCCAGAGCAUCAUCGCUUACGCACGCGCCCGUGCUAUUCGAGUCAUCCCCGAAGUCGAUACUCCAGGUCAUGCAGAAAGUGGCUGGGUCCAGGUCGAUCCCAGCAUCAUAGCAUGCGGCAACAGCUGGUGGUCUAAUGACGUCUGGGAGCUUCAUACUGCGUUGCAACCAAACCCAGGACAGCUAGAUAUCCUCAACCCCAACACCUAUGACGUGCUGACUGGAGUCUACACCGAAUUGAUAAGUCUGUUUCCAGACAAUGUGUACCACGUUGGUGGUGAUGAGAUCCAGAUUGGAUGCUACAACUUCAGUGAGCCGAUCACGGAGUGGCUUGAGGACAACACUACACGCACUUACAACGAUCUCGUGCAGUACUGGGUCGACCACGCUUUUCCCAUCUAUCGAGACAAGCCCGACCGAAAGCUCAUGAUGUGGGAAGACAUCAUUAUCGCACCUGAGCAUGCCACCGAUCUCCCGCCGGAGAACAUCAUUCUACAAUCCUGGAACGGCGAUCUCGUGAACAUCAAAAACCUCACUUCCCGCGGCUACGAUGUUGUGGUGUCUUCUAGCAAUUUCUUCUACUUGGACUGCGGCAAUGGAGGCUACGUGGGCAAUGACCCGCGUUACAAUGAACUUGUCAACCCCAACAGCUCGGUGCCAAGCUUCAACUGGGGAGGACUGGGUGGCUCGUGGUGUGCACCGUACAAAACAUGGCAGCGCAUCUACGACUACGACUUCACCUUCAACCUGACCGACGAAGAAGCAUCCCAUGUCAUCGGCGGUGAAGCACCGCUAUGGAGUGAACAGAUUGACGACACGAUCGUUAGCCAGAAAGUCUGGCCGCGAGCUGCUGCACUGGCAGAGUUGCUGUGGUCCGGCAACCGAGACCCCGAGACAGGCGACAAGCGGACGACACAGCUGACGCAGAGGAUCAACAACUUCCGAGAAUAUCUGGUAGCGAGCGGUGUUCAGGCUCAGAUCCUUCAGCCCAGCUGGUAUUGUUACACCCACCCGCAUGCCUGUGAUCUGUACUACAAUCAGACGGCCUUGAAUGAUUAUGCAGUCAAUCAGCCGGCUUGA